CAAUGCACCUCUUUCCUUUUCCUCCAAAGUUUGUUACAUAAAGUAUCAAGAGGCUUCCAGUGUUGGUGUGGCACAACAUUUAACCAACACUGUUUUUAUUGACAGAGCAUUGAUUGUUGUGCCGUGCGCAGAAGAUGACUAGAGUGGCCCAGGCGUUACACUACUACACUAGCCUGACUCAAGGCUUUGUUUUCCAAGCCACUAUACCCGCGGGGGCCCACGCUGCCUUCAAGGGGGGAAUGUGACCAGGAGCGUAGCCGCUGAACCUACCAAGAUGGAGACCUUGUCUCUUUUUAUUUUAUUUUAUUUUCAUUUCAUUUCCUUUUUGUUUUGUUUUUGUUUUAUUUCUCUCACAUGUUGUCCCUUUUUUGCCUUUUAGAAGAUUUGCAUAUUCAUUGUGUUGUUUUUCUUUUUUUUUUUUUUUUUCCUGCCCCCCUGUCCCUUGCCCCAAUCCUACAGUUUCUCUCAUUUGCCUGUCUUUGAAAGCUGUCCAGGUUGACUUGACAUCCAGUAUUGGAGGGAAGUUUGAACGUGAUGCAGCCAACAUGAACGGUUGUCUUGUGUUGCACACCCUUUCCAACACUGCGAAACGAUCGCCCCAGGGAGAAAAGCGUCCAUGCUUGAUAUCGUAUGGUUCAUGACCAAUAUGUUUCCAGUACAGGAAAAAUCCCUGAAGAGGCAAAGGCACUCUCGCUUUUGGCCCCCGCCACACCUGUCGCUAGCCUGAUGAGCGGUGGAGGACUUCUGCCUAUUCCCAGCCCUGCUACGCUACAGAACCGAGGUCUUCCUUUAGCUAAUCUGGGGGUUCUGAAGACGAGUUUGGAUACAUCUGUGGCAGCUCUGAGUGGAAUUACCUCACAGCCUCCGCUCAUGGGUAAUGUUGAUCCCUCAAAAAUCAAUGAGAUCAGGAGGACGGUCUACGUCGGCAACUUGAAUUCACAGACCACCACAGCAGAGCAGCUGCUGGAGUUCUUCAAACAGGUUGGAGAUGUAAAGUUUGUGCGGAUGGCGGGAGAUGAAACGCAACCUACUCGUUUUGCCUUUGUGGAAUUUGCUGAUCAGGAUUCAGUGGCAAGAGCGCUAACCUUCAAUGGAGUCAUGUUUGGAGACAGACCACUGAAGAUUAACCACUCCAAUAAUGCCAUAGUGAAGCCUCCAGAGCUCACGCCACAGGCUGCUGCUAAAGAGUUGGAAGAUGUUAUGAAGAGAGUCCGUGAGGCUCAAUCCACCAUUGCUGCUGCCAUUGAGCCAGUUGAUGUUAAGCAACGCUCAUCCAGCAGAUCCAGGCAUUCAAGAAGAUCCCGAUCUCACUCUCGCUCUCGCUCCCGGUCUCACUCACGAAGAAAGCGUCCCAGAUCCAGACACAGGGGCCGGCCAUCCCAAAGAUCACGGCAGAGGACGAGCGACUCUCUUGGGUCACACGGGAGACGCUCACGCUCCAGAGACAGGAAACACAGCCGCAGUCGAUCUCACUCCAGGGACAAGAGGAAUGAGAAGGAGGGCAAGGUAAGGAAGGACAAUGACUGGGAUGAAAAGAGGCCGAGGGACAAAAAAGGAAGGACGCCUCUAAAAGGCUACAGCAACUCCAGACACUCCCGCAGUAUAAGCAGAGGACAUAAAAGAAGAAGCAAAUCUCGAUCCAGGUCGCCAAGGCGGCGAGCCAGGUCACCAUCACCAAAAAGAGGGAAGAAGGAAAGAAAGAGGGAUAAAGAGAGGAACAGUAGCAGGGAAAGGAGGGAGAGUCCAGCAUCCAGGAGAAAAAGCAGGGAUUCUGAUCACAAAGCAAAACACUUUCAGGUGGACUAUGAGCAUGACCGUUAUUUGGAGGGGUCUGGUUCUGAUGCUAGUGAUGACAAAUCUCCCCAAGUAUAUCACAACGGAAGUUACAGGAGUGCGUACGCUGAAGAGGAUGAACUCUCGGCUGCUGAGUGAUCAACAUGCAUAUGCCAAGCCAUGAAGAGUGAUUUGUAACGGUUGUGUCUGGAGAGCACAUCCUGUGUCAUACUGUAAAAGCUGACACUCCAAGAAGUGCUUUCGCUUGCGUCCAUCGGUGUGUGAUUAUAUGCUUCUGAGAACUUAGAAAACAUUUUCUACCGCUGUGAAUAUUCUGCCUGUCAUAUGAUAUUCAUAUGGAUGAAAAUGUAAAGUUUGGGAUAGAUUCUAUAUUGUGGUGAAAGCUGCGGUAUAUUGAAUGGUUGAGAUUCUUGUAUUGAGGCCGCUUUUUUUAAUUGUUUUCUUUUGCAUGUAACUGUGUUAACACGUGUGUGGAAAGAUGUGCUAUUUUUGUGUGCUCUGUCUUUUUUUUUUAUUAUUCAUCUUACUUAAACAGCCAUUAUUACUUGGACAAAUCUCUUGAAGAAAUGUCUGGUUCAUAUUUUACCUUUGAAGUAAAAGAAAAAAUAAGAAAUUUUUUGCCUAAAGAAAAUUAAGCCCAUUUAAAAUUAAGCCUCAGGAAAGAAAAUUGUUAUUGUUACAUUAUUUUUAUGAUAAUUAAACAUUUAUCCUCCAAAUUCUCAUUAUUGAAAUGUGAAAAAAUCUCAUUCUCAUCACUAUAAUACAGUAAUGAAAAUCAUCCUGUGCUGAUUUUUUUAGCAUUAUAAAAAUCAGCAAUUUCCGUAUCAAAAAUACUACUCUUUUUACUUUACAAAUUUGCUUUACAAUUUAAAUAUAACUAUUUGUAUUUAUUUUAUCUUUUAUCAUUAUUGGUCCAAAAAAUGUUUUCAUUUCUUAAUGCAAUUAUUUUUUUAUUUUUUUAUUUUUUGUGACAUAUUUCUUGAUAGUUUUUUUGAGAUCCACCCGUUCUAUCUGGUCAGGUAACUUCUCUGCAAUUUCUGUUUACUAAAGAAAAAAAGGUGAUUAUUAGUAGGAUGUGUGUAGAACACUCCUGGUGAGCUGAACUGUGCAUGUUUAAAGUGCCUCGACAUAUUGUGUGGCAACUGAAUAUUUAAAAACAGUUUAAAUCAAGUCAAAAAGGGAUAUUUAUCUAGUGCAUAAUCUAAACAACAUUAUAGCAAAGUUGUGUAAAAUGCAUUGUUUUAUCUUUAUUUUUUAAACAGUAUUUUGCUAGAACCAGUGAAAACAGAGACCUGCAGUAAAAUCUUCAUACAAGUAUUGUUAGGUGGCAUAUAUUCAAAUGUGUUAAUGGAUUUUCUAAGAAGCCUUGGUGAGCACAGUAAAGUUAUUAAUGGUUACUGCUGUCCCAUUUACAAUAAUGACAAUUAAAAGCUUUACGCUUCUGAAUAUUAUUUAUUUUUUAUAUCAAGUCCUUUUAUGUUAUUCUUUUGUGAGUGGGUUUAUGUAAGUAUAUAUACUUGUUAGUGGCAGGAACUAAUAUGAAUAAGAUGGAAGUAACUGUUGAUUUGUAAGCAUUGUGGUUGUGCAUCUGUUUAGAUAAAUGUGUAUAAAACAGAUUUUCCCUAACAUAAAUUUACAUUAAAGAGGAUAUACUUCUGAA